GUCAAGAACGAGUUUGUUAGUGAUCUUAUAAUUUUUUAUCACUGUUCUAAAAUGGACAAUGCUUAGUUGUUUUUAAAAAUCAAAUCACAUAAAUCCAUUUUUAAACAAUAGUUAGAAAAAUUUACAUAAAAAAAUGGGUGGAAAAUACAGUAGUAUGGACCCAAUGGAUGUGGAAGUACCUGAAAUAAAUAAAUUAUUUGAACGUGAUGGCUAUUUACGUCCAUAUGAAAAAGAAAUACGACGCAGGUAUGCAUGUUUUAAGGACUCAAUUGAGAAAAUUGAAUCGCAAGAUGGGGGUGUACAAGAAUUUACGAGAGGUUAUCGAUAUUUCGGUAUGAAUGUUAAUGAAGAUAAUUCAGUGACAUGCCGGGAAUGGGCUCCUGGCGCUCAACAAUUGUUUUUAACAGGAGAUUUCAAUGAUUGGAAUCGCACUAGUCAUCCCUAUAAAAGACUGGAAUUUGGUAAAUGGGAAUUACAUAUCGCUGCCAAAGAAGAUGGAUCGUGUCCAAUAAAUCAUUUAUCAGAAGUCAAACUUGUUGUUCAAAAACCAGACGGUACAUUACUCGACCGUCUAUCACCAUGGGCAUCAUACGUGCUACAACCCCCACUUCACGAGAGUCUCACAUUCAAACAACGGCUAUGGAAUCCACCCAAAUCUGAAAGAUACACCUUUAAACAUCCAAAAGCACAACGUCCAAAAAGUUUGAGAAUAUAUGAGUGCCAUGUAGGAAUUGGAACACCUGAUCCAAAGAUUGGAACUUACAAGGAAUUUGCACAGAAUGUGGUACCCAGAAUAGUAAAACAAGGAUACAAUGCAAUUCAAUUAAUGGCCAUAAUGGAACAUGCAUAUUACGCAAGUUUUGGAUAUCAAGUUACCAGUUUUUUCGCUGCAUCUAGUCGUUAUGGAACACCAGAAGAAUUAAAAGAAUUAGUUGACACAGCCCACGCAGCUGGUUUAUUUGUAUUGUUAGAUAUUGUUCACUCGCAUGCCAGUAAGAAUGUCGCUGAUGGAUUAAAUCAAUUUGAUGGAACUAAUUCCUGUUAUUUUCAUGAUGGAGCACGAGGGGAACACUCUUUAUGGGACAGUCGUCUGUUCAAUUAUUCCGAAUUGGAAGUUAUGCGUUUCUUGUUAUCGAAUUUACGUUGGUAUGCCGAUGAGUAUGGUUUCGAUGGAUUCCGUUUCGAUGGUGUCACAUCCAUGUUAUAUCAUUCACGUGGUAUUGGCCAAGGAUUCAGUGGCAACUAUGAUGAAUAUUUUGGCUUGAAUGUGGAUACAGAAGCUGUUAUUUAUUUGAUGUUAGCCAAUCACAUCUUACAUUACCUAUUCCCAAACAUGAUUACAAUUGCUGAGGAUGUGUCUGGAAUGCCAGGUACAUGUAGACCAGUGAGCGAAGGAAGUUUAGGAUUUGAUUAUCGUUUAGGAAUGGCUAUUCCUGAUAAAUGGAUUGAAUUGGUUAAGGAGUAUACAGAUGAAGCAUGGAAUAUGGGAAAUAUUGUACAUACUUUGUCAAAUCGUCGAUGGGAAGAGAAAACUAUUGCGUAUGCUGAAUCUCAUGACCAAGCACUUGUUGGAGAUAAAACUUUAGCAUUUUGGUUAAUGGACAAAGAAAUGUACACACACAUGUCCACAUUAUCACCUCCAUCGGAUAUCAUUGAUCGUGGAAUCGCUCUCCAUAAAUUAAUACGAUUAAUCACACAUGGUUUGGGUGGUGAAGGUUACCUAAAUUUUAUGGGUAAUGAAUUUGGACAUCCUGAAUGGUUAGAUUUUCCACGACAAGGCAAUAAUAAUUCAUAUCAUUAUGCGCGACGUCAGUUUAAUUUAGCCGAUGAUCCACUUCUCAAAUAUAAAUAUUUGAAUUCCUUCGAUGCAGCUAUGAAUCAUUUGGAGGAGAAAUAUGGGUGGCUUCAUUCGAAUCCAGGUUACGUUUCAAUGAAACAUGAAUCAGAUAAAGUAAUUGCAUUUGAACGUGCCGGUUUAGUAUUUGUAUUUAAUUUCCAUCCAAAUCAAAGUUUCUCCGACUAUGCAGUGGGUGUUGAGGAACCUGGUGAAUACAAGGUUGUAUUAUCGUCAGAUGAUUCACAAUUUGGUGGAUACGAUCGUAUUGAUCAUAAAGUGCCGCAUUUCACUAUUCCUGAUGGUUAUGCAGGACGUAGAAAUAGAAUGUUGGUAUACAUCCCUUGCCGAACUGCAACUGUUUAUGGAAAAGUCUGAUAGUUAUAUAGUUUAUAUUUUGAAGUUACAUAUUUUUCAAAAGAGUGUAUUGUUUUAUUGAAAUACAAAUUUUUUAAAGCGUUUUCAAAA